AUGGUGGAACAGGCUGUCACUUCCGAAGACAUAAUUGCAUUCAUGAGCCCUCUCUUGUCAGCAAGUCAUCAAUCUUUUACGAGAAAAUAUGCCGAAUAUGUUAAAAGUGUUCCGUUAUUACAUGAAGAUGUAAUGAGGUUAUUGGCUGCAGAGACAGACUUCUGUUUCGUUCGUGUAUUCUUGCUUGCACUGGAGCGCUAUAUGAAAUGUAGAUUUGAAAUAAUUUGCACUGAGAGUCAUUUGCUUCUUAAAUUAACUGCUAAGUUCUUGACAAUAGAUAAUGGAGGAACAUUUCUCGGUUUACCAAAUAAAAGAGAGGAGGUUGUUAUAAAAAAUGGCAAGUCUGAUAUUAUAGCUAAAAAGUACCUCCAAUUGAGUCAAAAAUAUUGCGACAAAAAGGAGUUUGAGAAGGCACUUAGAGCAGUCAAUAAAGCCUACUUCAGUGCAUUUUCAGAGGAUGCUAAAUUUAAUUCGCUGUCCAAGAGGUGUUACGUUCUCCUUCAACUAGACUAUUAUGCCGAAUUUCUGCAGGACGCAGUCAGUUGUCUUGAGGCAAAUACUUCCAUCACAAAGAAGAAAGUUAUUUAUUUGCUGUUAUCUAAGUUCUACAAUCAGUUUGAUAACCCGGAAAAAAGCAAAUUCUAUUUAGAAAAAGCAUAUAAAACUGAGAUGAAGGAGGAAGAACGAAAGAAUGAUGUGGAAGUUUUGAGGGGGGAAAUUGAUAAACCUUCCCACUAUGGAGUAAAGUGGAAGUGCAUCCAUCCUGAACCUCCAGAAUCCCUGCUCAAAUUUAGUGAACCAACAUCAGAAAAUAUUGAAGAAAAGCCAAAAUGGGACAUCCAUAGAAUCAGAAAAGAUAUGAUAUCUAGGGAAAAAAAAUUGCUUCAAGUAACAGAUACCGAAACUGACAAGGGUUGGGCAGUAAACGUUACAAAGAAAGUGCCUAUAGGAUCGAUUCUUUUAAAAGAAAAACCCUAUGCAUCUGUUUUGAGUUUCCAGUUUACCAGGUAUUGUUACUGUUGCUACAAGAGAUGUGUCAAUAUUCUCCCAUGUAAAGGAUGUGCCAUGGUUGGGUUCUGUAGCGAGAAGUGUGCUGAGGAUGCCAGAAGCCCUAAUCGUCAGGGAACUGGUGGACCAGGUCGACAUGUACAUGAUUGUGGGGGGUUGCUGCCAUGCUUGCGUUCAGGCAUCAUCGGAGGAAGUGAACCAGAAGUAGUUGAAUUUCUACCGUUGUCGCACUUGGCAUAUACCUGUGUUGCCAACACUCCACCAGAGGUUCUACUAGACUGCAUAUGUUCUUCUGGUCGAUAUAAGCUCUCCGGUUAUCCCAUGAAAUGGUUUGAUGAAGCAGGAGAGAUCUUCUACAAGCAUCCCUCUGAAUUAGAAAAGCGACCGGAUAUUUUGCCGGCAAGCUGGGUUGCAGCCUGUAUGGUGUAUCAUUACAAGUCUGUGCGCUUUAAUGCUCAAAGAUACACGGAAUUACUGGAAUCCCCAACGUCAGGCCAAUCAUUUUACAAUUGGUUGGCCUUUUGUAUCUAUCCAACCAUUUCAUUCAUAAAUCACGAUUGCAAUCCCAAUGCUUGCUUAGCAUUUACAGCUAAUGGCGGUGCAUAUCUCUAUGCUUUACGACAAAUUGAGCCUGGAGAGGAGAUUUCCAUUUCAUAUGGAUAUUACUACUUCUCCCACUAUUCGGCACCUUGGCGAAAAGCUAUUCUCAAAUCACGCUACCUAUUUGACUGCAAAUGCACUGCAUGUGUAGGCUUUUGAUUGAAUGUACUGAAGCGUCUUGCUGGUAGCUUAUGGGGCUGUGCACGCUCAAAUCUUAACACCACUUACAAGAUGUUUAUUCAGCCAAUAAUGUUGUAUUGCUGUGUGCCACUCAUUACAGCCACAGAGGUGACUCUCAAACCACUCGAGAAGCCACACAACCAGGCAUUACAACUAAUAACUGGAGGGAUAAAAUCAACACCCAUUGAUGCAAUGCUCCUAGGUACAGGAAGCUCCACAAUAGGUUCCCUUAUCGAAGAAAAGGCCUUGAUCCUGUAUGAGAAGCUACUGCGCAUUCCCAUGGACAAAGGCAAGACUAAACGCUAUCGAGUGUUUUGGUCUGAACACCUUGAGGAACUGAAAAGAAAGAGGGACGACCUUCGCAACACUGCUGAUCAGACUGGAAGAACGGAAGACGUACAAGCCUGGAGACGACAAUCAGCUGUCCUAAGGCAAGCCAUCUUGCAAGCUAAACGCACUUCUUUCGACAAGUUCAUCUCAAAUAUCAACUAUCAAAGUGAUAGCCAACGCACUUUCAAAUUCCUGAGUAUCCUCCAAAAUAACAGGGAAAGACUCAAGAAAGAACCAAUACGCUUAAAAAACAAACUGCUUACCACCGACUCCGAAAUAGCUCACUGCUUUGCGAGGAUCUGUUCCUACAAGCAAAAGAAAACCCUUUUGUCAGAAAAUCUUCAAGAGAUAUAA